AAACCCAACUAACUCUCCUGGGCGGUAUCUAAUCUAUCUGAUCUGUAUCACGUUGUUCAUCUGCUGCUUAUCAUCCUGCUCCCAUCUCUGUAUUGUAUUGUAUCCGCCAUACAUCAUCGCCGUACCUUGGGAGUUCCACCACCACCCGUUCCUGAACUGCUUGAUUUCUUGUUAUACGGCCACCUCCACCCAUUGUUUUUCCCAUCCCGCCUGGCCCACGAAUAUAGCUUCGACAUCGUUUUACCCAUCUCCCAUCAAAACGUAUCCGCUCGCCCCUGAUGGGCCCGUGCAUCGGGACACUACGACCAGUGCCGUAGCCGCAGGCGUAACAGGGGUUGUUGGGUUCAUAGACACCGCAUCAAGGACCUGGCCGUGACGAUGGCCGCCCUUCAGUCACCAAAGACGAGCUCGAGACGAUCGAAAGGGGAUGGAGAUGGAGACACGAGGGACGUGAUCCUUGGCAAGUAUACCAAGAUAGAGGAGAUAGGGCGUGGCAGCUUUGCAACUGUCUACCAGGGUAUCCAUAACAAAUAUCGGUCCUGUGUGGCGAUCAAAGCAGUAAAUAUAAGCUCGCUCAAUCCGAAGCUGAAGGACAACUUGAAACUGGAGAUUGAGAUUUUAAAGGGCCUUCAGCAUCCUCACAUCGUUGCGCUUAUAGAUUGCGACGAGUCAACAUCAUGCAUCCACCUGGUCAUGGAAUACUGCGCUCUCGGGGACCUCUCCCUCUUCAUCCGGAAGCGCGAUACGUUGAGCAAGCAUGAACUUACAAGGGACAUGAUAGCCAAAUACCCUAAUCCUCCCGCGGGGGGCUUAAACGAGGUGAUCGUUCGUCAUUUCUUAAAGCAACUUGCCAGCGCCCUGCAGUUUCUCCGUACCAAAGAUCUUAUCCAUCGUGAUCUAAAGCCCCAGAACCUCCUUCUUAAUCCACCGCCGAGCACGUAUGCAAAAGGUCUACUUAGAAUAGUUCCUUACAAGACUAGGGAAGAUUCCUUCACCCCGUUGGUAGGAGUAGAGUCGCUGCCGAUGCUGAAGAUUGCCGAUUUUGGAUUCGCUCGGUCAUUGCCCGCCACGUCUCUUGCCGAAACCCUCUGUGGUUCCCCGCUCUACAUGGCUCCUGAGAUUCUGAGAUACGAAAAGUACGAUGCGAAGGCCGACCUCUGGUCCGUUGGGACGGUCUUGUUUGAAAUGGUGGUAGGAAAGUCUCCGUUUAGAGCCGGUAACCAUGUCGACUUGCUUCGGAAGAUUGAACAGGGAGAGGACAACAUCAGAUUCCCAAUUCAAACUGAAGCCUCCCCCCCGUUAAAGAAACUGAUCCGGAGCCUGCUGAAACGGAACCCGGUGGAGCGUCUCAGCUUCAAGGACUUCUUCGAGUCAUCCGUGGUUAAGGGUAAUAUUCCGGGGCUUGUCGACGAAGAUCUGCAGGCGCAGAGGGAGAGAGAUUCUCGUCACGCUGCGCACGCUGCCCGGCGAGAUCCUUUGCCCUCGCGUACCAGCGACGGAAAACUAGAAGAUCGCCCCGCUAGCAGCGCUUCUUCUCCUCGACCGCCCCCAAGCAAUUUUACUCGCCCAGCUACUAGUCCUGCUGUGCAUCACGUUGGGAGCCGAGAAAAUCCUGAUUUACAGCGUGUGGCAGUUAAGGCCCGGAAAGCCAGUGUUGCCUCAGUGACUGGUUCCCCGAGCAAGGAGGAACUUCGCGACCACAAUGCAAAGGGACCCGUUACGGAGCAGCCAGGGCCUCCUAGCCCAGCUAAAGAGAGGGCCACAAGCAGGAAAAACUCGUCUGAUCAGCGGAUUGACGACAUUUUGGACUCAGAAAGAGAGCGCGCAGCACAGGAUGUGGCAUUUGAACGGGACUAUGUGGUGGUGGAGAAACGAGCAGUAGAGGUUAAUGCCUUCGCCGACGAGCUGGCUGCAAGCCCCCGUUUCCAGCAGCAGCACCAACAACUGAUAACGAAGCAAGCUGGAGCAAUUAUUCGUCGUGCCACAACUACUGCCACUCCUCAAUUAUCUAGCUCUCCUCGUGACGCUAUGUCCCGGGCAGUGGCCACCGCUUACAAUCGACCACGUACAGGAUCUACUCACAAUCGUCAUAAUUCCUAUGACCGAAGAUAUGGCCCCAGCCCAACAUCUGCAACUUCGGCUAUAUCCAAGGCGCUCAACAAGGCCAGCGGACGACUUUUUGGUGUCAGCUUCUCGCCUCCUCUUGCGUUAACCAAAGCUGGAAGGUCUCCACCCAUAGGCUACAAUGCGUUUCCAGCCUACCCCCUUGCUGAAGGGAACCUUGCCGUUGUCGGAGAUGGAGCUAAAAUUCAACCUCCGCUGGAUGAGGAUACCAAGGUCUUACACAUCAUUGAGGAGAUUGCCACCCGCAGCGAUGUGGUCUAUGGAUUUGCCGAAGUGAAGUACAAACAACUGGCUCCUCUGACACCUUCUAUGCAAGCGGACACUGCUAUCAAACCAGUGGUUAGCCCGGAAGCAGUGGACACACCUGAAGCGAACGAUACCGGCUUAACAGUAGACGCAAUUUUCACACUAUCGGAAGAAGCUCUUGUACUCUACGUGAAAGCUCUCUCGUUGCUGGCUAAGUCGAUGGAUAUUGCUGGAGCCUGGUGGGCUCGCAAAAACCGUGGGGAGACCAUAGGAAACUCACCAAAUGUCAAUGUUGGGUGCCGCGUAAAUAACGUGGUGCAAUGGGUCCGAAACCGGUUCAAUGAAGUACUCCAAAAAGCCGAAUAUUCCCGGCUCAAGCUGUUGGAUGCUCAGAGACAGCUUCCCUACGAUCAUGCACACCAUGCCAGUCAGGUUGGACGGGUGUCCGUCGGUGCUCUUGCUCAUUCCUCUGAUCAAGUUGUUAUCAGUUCGGGCAUCACUGCGGAAAAGUUAAUGUACGACAGGGCGCUCGAGAUGUCCAGAACAGCUGCCAUUAACGAACUUACUGGGGAGGACCUUCCGGGCUGUGAAAUUGCAUACAUGACAGCGAUAAGGAUGCUUGAGGCCGUGUUGGAAAGCGACGAGGAUCCUCAAUUAAGUGGCGAGCGCGCGGGCGAAGCCGCGAAUACGGUAUCGAAGGAAGAGAACGGAGAAGUUAAUGGUCUUCAAGGCGAAGACCGGGAGAUUGUGGUAAAACUGGUUUCUAGCAUACGCAUUAGGCUCACAGCGCUGAAAAAGAAAAUUGCGCUGAUGACGAAGAGGACCUCGGCUCCUGCUAUGGUAUCUCCUGCGAGAACUCCAGCCUGUCAACCCCCAGUGGCGUCACCAGUUGUACCUCAACCAUCGUCUCGGUAAAAGCACGCUAAACAAGCGCUGCUAAAUAAGAGAGUUGCUUUGCAGCCUCGUGGGGGUGUAAGAUCUUUAAUCGGUAGAGAGUUGGCUGCUCCAUUCUGUGGCCCUUUCCCAAGUGAAUAUCCAAAGAUACUUAUACCGCCACUUUACGGCUCCGAAGGUUUCGCCUAUUUUCACCUGAAUUCCGAUAGUCCUCUCGCCAUGAAGUUUGUGACUAUUGGAUCCCGUACAAUACUGCAUUUGAAAAUACUGGGCAAGCGUCGAACAAAACAGCCUACUGAGUGGUGCUUGAUUGAGAGUCUAAUGCCUCCUCUCCUGCACGUUUGUGAUUUUUUUUUUUCAGGGUUCGAGCCAGCCCUCUCCUCUAUUUCGCAUUGGGCAUCCAUCAGCAUGACCGCUUUAUCUCAAAACGGCACAGAUGGAGCUGUGCUGAGAUUCUUUUGAUUCGAUUUCUAUGCUGCAUAUACUGUGGCAUGACACAAUGACUGCACCUCUUAACGGAAGACUGAUUGCAUUCCUUUUGGAUUACAACUUCAUUUGGCGUUUGGUGUGCACUCUUUUCCUCCUGUGAGUUUUCAAAACAAAGAGGGUCUAAAGUGAACCUGGAGGCAAUUGCUCGCAUUUUAUCAUCUUUCAACUAUUUCUGGGACUUGGAGUUUACAGAAUUGGGGGCCUUUGAGGAGUUUAGCAAUGAGCUCUGGGAAGGAAGAACAUUGAAGUGUUUUUGAAAGUGUGAACCUAGCAUUUUAUGGUUCUUUCUCUCUUUCUUUCUUUCUUUCUAUUUUAUUUUAUCUUCUUCUUUUUUUCAGCCUCUUUUAUCCUUUCGACUCUACUGUCGUCUUCGCAGUCGGUGUUGAUCUGCUUGGAACCUGAGAGCUACCUUUGUGUUUUUAUGUUAACGACGAUUCUGAUUUCCGGUUUCGGCGAGAUAGGCUGGAUUUGGUCGGCAUGCUGUGGAAGUCUAUGGGCGGGAAACUUCACUGGGAGUAUGAGGAUGGGAGAGAUAUACAGGUGCUGUUUGGGAUGGCUGGCAGCCCUGGCUUCGAGUGUUGAUCAAAUCUAUUCUAUGACUGAUGGGCGGGCGAUAUGGAUCUGUGUGAUUUUUGCAUCUAUGCUUUGCUAAGUGGGAUUGGAGUCUGCCUCGAGCAGCUAAGACAUUAUAUAUUUAUGAACAUCAUUAUAUUAUUAUUAUUCUUACUAUGA